UAAUCUUCCCGGUGGAGAAUCGUUCGCAUCAGCUCCAGGAAGUCCCCGUGUCUUCCACCGUGGGGGUAAAUUAUUACUGGAGACACCCCACAACGAACUGCAUCCUUGCGCAUACAACGAAGCUUCGCCAGUACAGCAGUUUUCACACUUUUCAGACCGUGGGGAUUUAACUCUGGUAAUAAAAAAAGAAAGCAGCUUUGCCAGUGACUGUGAAGAAGUCGCUGAAAGUGUGAGAAAGUGUCAAAUAUCAGAUUUGAACGCUAACCACACGACCGCCUUAACUGUGUUUAUACCCACACGAAGGAUCUGCCUUUCAGAUAAGAGUUGAAGGAACCUCAGCGCAUACAGCAGCAACAUCUACAGAAGCAGAUGCGCUUUUAGUAUAACCAGUCUGAGUUCCGACUGUUUGUACUGGACGUGCGUAAAUAAAGGACGCCUCCAAAGAGAUUCCGGGAUAGCUUUUAUACUCCAAAAGAAGAAAGACUGAAUAUCAACAGACGGAGAACAUCCACGGAAGAAAAUGCCUCGGAAGAAGCUGGAUGAAAAUCUGACAAAACCUCGCAAUCUGUACAGACUCUACAAGUGAACAUCUGUCUGACAGGCGAUGCUGUGAGAAGAGACAUAUGGAUGUUGAAGAAUUACCUAUGAGCUACAUUUAUAAGUUUUUCCUUGGUUUGAUGCUGAUCAUGUAACUGUAGUGCUUUGGCUUCCCGACAUCAUUAGAAAUAGUGAGCAAGCCAAGUUACAGUCAGAACCUCAAUCCUUAAGCUUUCCUGUGGACUUCAGAAAAGAUAAGAGAGAGAGAGCGCAAGCAAACCUUUGUAUCUGUUGUCAUCAUCUUCCUACGCACAGUUCCCUGGUUUGCUUUAUUGAAAAGGAGGAGCCCAUUAAAGCAUUUGACAGAUAGGAAAAGCUUGGUCUGAAGGUGUGGUUGCUGGCUGGCUGCUGGUUGGAGAUGAGAUAAGAGCGUUGGGAAACGAGAGAGACAAGACAUGCCUUUCUGAUGGGAGAUGAAUACAAAUUAGGAUUUUGCCCUCCUGCAGCUACGCCAGUUAAGCAAAUCAAUACUGAAGUGGAGAAAUGGUCAAAUUAGUCUCUGAUUCAUGCCAACUAAUCAUCAGUAUCAUUAGUUCUGAACUGAAACUGUGGAAUGAGUUGUUUGCUAACGGUUAAUAUGAAAUCAUUUUUUUGAAUAAAAGGGAUGAUGAAUUAAGGAGAGCUCCAUUUACAAAUGCGGUUUCAAAAAAGUUAGAAAAAAGAACAUUAAAAGACGGACCUCUGGUCAAAACCAUCAGUGCCACACCAUCAUGGCCUUUUUCAGUGUUACACCUGAACUGAUCCGUGUACAGUUUUAGAUUAAAGAUAUGAGACUGGAUUAAAAGCAGGUUUUACAGAGUGGAGGCGAGAUGGAGCUGGACAACAGCUCACUGGACUACUUCAUUAGAAACUUCACAGAGAUUCCUAACACCACUACAACACCACCCUGGAGCGAGGCCACACUCCUCGGUCUCCAGGUCUCUCUGUCUGCUCUGUUAGCCAUUGUCACCUUGGCUACUGUCCUUUCAAAUGCCUUUGUCAUCGCCACCAUCUUUCUGACCAGGAAGCUCCACACACCUGCCAACUUCCUAAUUGGCUCGCUCGCCGUCACAGACCUGUUGGUUUCCAUUUUAGUCAUGCCAAUUAGCAUCGUGUACACUGUCAGCAAGACCUGGUCGCUGGGGCAGAUUGUUUGUGACAUCUGGCUGUCAUCUGAUAUCACAUUCUGCACCGCCUCCAUCUUGCACCUGUGUGUAAUUGCGCUGGAUCGCUAUUGGGCUAUCACGCAUGCGCUGGAGUACUCAAAACGCCGCACCAUGCGCCGUGCAGGGAUCAUGGUUGGGGUGGUGUGGGUGAUAUCUAUAUCGAUUUCCAUGCCUCCACUUUUCUGGCGGCAGGCCAAAGCCCAUGAGGAGCUUACAGAGUGUAUGGUGAAUACAGAUCAGAUCUCUUACACCCUAUACUCCACCUUCGGCGCCUUCUACGUUCCCACAGUGCUUCUCAUCAUCCUCUACGGUCGGAUUUACGUUGCAGCCCGCUCUCGCAUUUUUAAGACACCGUCGUCGUCUGGGAAGCGUUUCACCACAGCGCAGCUCAUCCAGACCUCUGCAGGGUCCUCUCUCUGUUCUCUUAAUUCCUCCUCCCACCACGAAGCACACCUACACUCUGGCAAUGCGGGAGGUGUGGGAGGAGGAGGGGGAGGGUCGCCUCUGUUCAUGAACAGCGUGAAAGUGAAGCUGGCAGACAACGUACUGGAGAGGAAACGUCUGUGUGCAGCACGGGAGAGGAAAGCAACCAAGACACUGGGCAUCAUCCUGGGCGCGUUCAUUGUCUGUUGGCUUCCCUUCUUUGUUGGCACGCUUGUCAUGGCGAUAUGCAAAGAGUGCUGGUUUGAUCCAGUGCUGUUUGACAUCUUUACAUGGCUGGGAUACCUGAACUCCCUCAUCAACCCUGUAAUCUAUACAGUCUUCAACGACGAAUUCAAGCAGGCUUUCCAAAAGCUCAUCAAAUUCAGACGGUGCUCCUGAAAAAAAGACAAGUGUGGAUUAAAACUGGCAUAUCCAGUGAAAAAAAAUGGAGUGAAAAAGGCAAAACAAAAACAAGAAAAUAGAUAAUAGUCAGAGUGGAAAUAUUGUACAAAAAAAUGUACCAUCUUGUAAACACAUGAUAAAUGUGAUUUUUUUAAAUACAUGAAAUAUCUGUGCAUAGGCCUUUAGAUACCUACAGUAUUUCAAUUAUAAAGACUUGUGCAUGCAUCCUAAAGAAGACCCCCCCCCCCCCCCUUUCCAGACAUUGCGAUGCACCAGAAUUCCCAAACCUAAGAAAAACUAAAAAAGAAGUUUGGGAAAUCUAUUUAAUAUGAGAGAGACAUUAUUGCUAUUUCUUGGAGCAAGGAAAAGCUUGUACACAGAUAAGGACCAGUGCGACUGUUUGGAAGGAGCAAACUCUGAACGACUGAAUUCAAUCGAGCCAAAAAAGAAAAGCCAUGAACCGUAUGUUGUCUUCAUCUCUGUGUCAUACUGUAUGCUGCUUUUCCUAUGUACUGUAAAGUUUCUGUGGAACAGUAAAGUACUUAGAAAGACUCCAACUUCUAAAAGCUCAGAAAAGCUUUGUCCAUGUAUGCAAAUGUGCAUUAAAUGUGUGUGCUGGUGGUGGGAGCUCUGUGCGCGCACAUGUGAGUAAAGGCAGAUAUGUGUUUGAAGAAGAAAGGAGGAUUUUGAAAAGGAAACUGCAUUUCAAGUCUGAAUAUUAAUUGUGACAAAUAGACUUGAGGCGAAAUUCAGGUUUUUGUGAUGGAUUACACGUGCUUCAUUUCCACCAAGGCAUAAUAGCUAUAGUAGUCGUGCAUGUAUUUCCCCAUUCAUGUUUUAGAAACAAACAAACGAAAAACAGAUCUGACAUGUGAUUUGAUCAUGAAGAAACAUUAAAAAAAUUAAUUAAAAAGAUGACUAACGUAACCAACUUUUUAUGUAUGCUCAAAAGGAAUUCUGCCCAAAAUAAUGACUUUAACUAAUCUGGAUGUAAUUUUGCUACGAGUACAAUGUAAAAUGUUACAUUUAAUGGAAUCUGGUUAAAUGAAAUUUACUUACCAAAAACGUUUUCCUUAACAAAUAAGCAGCAUCAGCGUCAUUGCUUCAUGUUAACUGAGUGAAUAAUCUUUUUUUUUUUUAUUUGGAUUGUAAAAAAUGCAACAAUGAGGGAUUUCCUUGUUGAUAGAUGUGAAAUAAUGUGACUCUAUAGUCUUAUAUUCUGUUUAUUUUGUAAUUUAUUGAUUAACACAAAUACUGGCCUGAUAUUAAUGACUGAUUUGCAAACUUUUAGAGAAUCCCUGAGCUCCCUACCAUGAGGAACAACACAAGGUGGACACACUGCUGGCUAUACAUGUACAUAUUUGUGGUAGCUUCACUUUGUCUCUAGAUCAGUCUGACAAUGAUCGGAUGGAUUGCCCAGUGUAAUGGACAGUCUUUGAAGAUAUUAUGCUGAACCACCAGCUCAGACCCUUAAAAUGAAUAUAUUAUUUAUGUGCAAUUUAUAUGUUUACAUUUCCUGAGUGUGCUUUUUGAUACUUCAGCUCAUUGUGCAGCAGAGUAAAGCUCUCUUACUGCGAAAUGUAUUUUUAAUGAAAUGCUUCUUUUUUGUUGAGCUCAGCAAAGGCAUCUCAAUAAUGGUGUACAUUUUCCUCAUUUUCUGUCAUUUACAUACUGUUAAAUGCUUGGACGUUCAUAUAUUUUUGACAUGGAUGAAGUUAAAAAAUACGAAAACAAAAAAAGGCAACCAUAUGUAUUAGCUUUGAACCAGAAUU